CUCCCUACCUAGUCCGUGCAUACAGGUCUCCAUUUUCCUGGUAUUGAUCGCGACUCGGACCCCGCCACUUUCAACACUCGCAACAACGAACAUUACGUUUCAGUGUUUUGCAAUUGAGACAGUUUCAACGUCGUUGAAUAUCAAAAUGAGCACCCAACUCGAAACAGAGCGCAAGGAAUAUGAGAGCCAGCUCGAGCUCGUCAUCACGUCGCUUAGGGAGGACCCUGAUAAUGCCGAACUACAAGGACUUCGGAGCGAGCUGGAGCAGAUGAUCCAGCUGCUCGAUGAUUCUCUCGCCGAACUCAAACCCAAGAACGAACCCACCAGUGCCGCGCCGAAGAAGGCGCCAUCGCCACCCCCGGCCGAGCAAAAGUGGUCACGCGAGAACCACCCGGCAUUUAAGAAAGCUGCCCCCGUCGAGGAGAAGGAGAAAGAGCCUGAAGUUAUCGCGUACCAGGUCAAUGACAAUGUCAUGGCAAAAUGGCUCUCGGGUGACAAGGGCUUCUACCCGGCGCGCAUUACCGCGGUGACUGGUUCGUCCACGGCACCCAUCUACACAGUCAAGUUCAAAAGCUAUGAUACGGCAGAGACCCUGCGUGCUAAGGAUAUUCGCCCGGUCGCACAGAAGCGCAAGGCUGACGGCACUGCCGUCUCGACCAACAGCAACGCAGUCGGCGGCUCUGCGGCGACGGCUACGACCAGCCCUUCGGCGCUGACCCCAACCUCGACGAACAACGGUAUCGUCAUGUCCGCCGCGGCUGAUAUGUAUCCCCAGGCGCAGGCGGCAGGCAAGGCGGGAGCGGAGGACAACGACGAGAAGCCACGGCCCAAGUUCAAGAAGAUCAAGGCCACGAAGGAGCUCGAAAAGGGCAAGAACAAGUGGCAGGAGUUUACCACCAAGGGGAAGUUUGGCAAGUCGGGCAAGAAGGACAGCAUGUUCCGCACGCCCGACGGCAUCCACGGACGGGUUGGCUUUACCGGCUCUGGCCAGUCAAUGCGCAAGGACCCUACCAGGAGCCGCCAUGUGUAUCAGCCCAACGAAGAAUUGGAUUAGACUGACAUGGUCUUCUUUCUUUCAGAAACGCGGUCACGGCCUGGAGCGGAACAGAUGUGCCCGUGCAAAGGGGCAGCGACCACUGGCGUUCGGUUUAUCGAAGGACGGCAUCAUAGGUUGGAGUUACGGUUUGGGAUGAACCCGGUUUACGUUUUUUUCGUCCCUAAUUACUCUCGUUUCAGACGGACGCUAACGUGGUCUCGGAGCCAACCCGCUAGUCGAUGCGCUGAUGCUCCCGUCUUGGUUCACAGCGCAGAAAGACUCUAGAGUUAGCCGUAGUAUAUAUUGAGAUACCCUAUACUGCGCAAUACAAUUCGUUCCUCGGCAU